AUGGAAUUGGAUCUUAGCCUUAAAGCUUUAAUUUAUUUUAAGCAUAAUAAUAUUGAAAAAGCAAUCGAAAUUUGCAAUGAUAUAUUGGAAAAGAAUCCAUAUGAUCAGGCAGCUUGGAGCUUGAAAAUGAGUUGUUUAACGGAACAAUUUUAUGUUGAUGAAUUAGAAAAUGAUGAACGUGGCAUUGCGGAAAUAUUUUUAGAUGAUACUGUAUUGGCAUCAAAAGCAAGACCUGGUACUUCUCUAUCUAGGCCAAUUACUUCAGGCCAAAUGUCUAGACAAGCUAUUAGGCCAACUUCAAGUACUGGAAGACCUAUAAGCGGUGUUUUACGACCUGAAACUCAUUUUCGACCAGGUACCAUGGAGCAAAUUCUACGUACGUCAAGAACUUCAAGAACUACUCACGCAACUUCAUCUAGUUCUGCCAGAUUUACUCGUCUUGGUACGGCAUCAAUGAUAUCAGAACCAAAUGGACCAUUUGUAAAUUUAUCAAGACUUAAUAUUGAUAAAUAUGCUAUCGAUCCAUGUGUUAAUCGUAAUCUCUUUGAAUAUGUCUUUUAUCAUGAAGGUGAUAUGAAAAUAGCUCAUCAGAUUGCAAUUCUCGCAACAAAAAAUGCAAGUAAUACAGAUUGGUAUUGGAAGAAUCAAUUGGGUAAAUGUUCUUAUCGACUGGGAAUGUUCAAUGAUGCAUUAAAACAAUUUCAUUCAUCGUUAAAUAAUCAAAAAAUGGCUGAAACAUAUGCUUAUUUAGCUAAAACAUAUUGUCGAAUUGAUCAACCAUUAAUGGCUAUCGAUCAGUAUAAUUUUGGUUUGCAAAUAUUUCACAACGAUAUUACUUUAUUAAUUGGUUUAGCACGAGUUCAAGAGCAUCUUGGCAAUGUUGAAAAUAGCAUAAAUACAUAUAAACUGGUAUUAGAGCAAGAUCCAACUAAUGUAGAAGCAAUUGCAUGCAUUGCAACAAAUUAUUUUUACAAUGAUCAACCUGAAAUUGCUCUUCGUUAUUACAGGCGUAUUUUGCAAAUGGGUGUCAACAGUGCAGAGCUAUUUAUGAAUCUUGGCUUAUGUUGUUUUUUUUGUCAACAAUUUGAUCUUGCAUUGUCAUGUAUUGAACGAGCUCAAGUAUUAGCUAAUGAUGAAGUUAUUGCUGAUGUUUGGUAUAAUACAGGAAAUGUUUUUUUAUCAUCUGGUGAUGUUAAAAUGGCAUCACGAUGUUUUCGAUUAGCAAUGGCUGCAGAUUCGAAUCAUGCAGAAAGUGUAUGCAAUUUUGCAAUCUUGCAAAUGCGUGAUGGUAAAAUUGAUCAAAGUCGAUCGUUGUUUCGUUCAGCAAUUGAGAAAGGACCAUAUCUAUUUGAGCCAUGUUAUAAUCUUGCUUUGCUUACUUAUCAAAUUGGACAAUUUGAUGAGAGUCGAACAAUGGUACUGAAAGCAUUAAAACUUUAUCCUGAACAUGUCCAUUCGAAGACUAUUCUCGGUCACAUUGAACAAAUGCUAAAUGUAUUGUAA